GGUUGGGAGGAUGGCGGGGCACCGGCUGGCAGGCGGGCAGUGAGGCGCUGUGAGGCGAGAGCGGCUGAGGCAUACCGGCCUGCGCGCGUGAGAAGUCCGGGGAGAGGCGGCAGGAAAGGCCGACUGAGGCCUUGUGAGGGAAAAGGAGCGAGGCCGGCGAGCGAGAGGGAUGUCUGGGGGCGCGCCGGGCAGCGCUGUGUCGGACCCGCAGCACCCGGCUCGGCUCCUGCGGGCGCUCAGCUCCUUCCGCGAGGAGGGCCGGUUCUGCGACGCCCACCUGGUGCUCGAGGGCCACGAGAUCCCCGUGCAGACCAACAUCUUGGCCGCCGCCAGCCCCUACAUCAGAACAAAACUGAACUACAAUCCACCAAAGGAAGAUGGUUCAACUUAUAAAAUCGAACUUGAAGGGAUAUCUGUGGAAAUUAUGAAAGAGAUAUUGGACUACAUUUUCAGUGGUCAGAUCAAGCUAAAUGAAGACACUAUCCAGGACGUAGUACAAGCCGCUGACCUCCUGCUGCUUACAGACUUAAAAACCCUGUGCUGCGAGUUCCUCGAAGGCUGCAUUGCUGCUGAGAACUGUAUUGGAAUCCGGGACUUUGCCCUGCACUAUUCCUUGCAUCAUGUGCAUUACCUCGCUUCAGAAUACCUGGAAACCCACUUCCGGGACGUCAGUAGUUCAGAGGAGUUCUUGGAACUAAAUCCUCAGAAGUUAAAAGAAGUGCUGUCCUUGGAGAAGCUCAACGUUGGGAACGAAAGACAUGUUUUUGAAGCAGUCCUGAGAUGGAUCGGCCAUGAUUCUGAAUUAAGAAAGGUUCACAUGAAGGAUGUCAUGUCAGCUGUCUGGGUAUCUGGGCUGGACUCUGCUUACUUGCGUGAGCAAAUGAUGAGCGAGCCGUUGGUACGGGAGAUCGUCAAAGAAUGUAACAACAUUCCGCUCAUGCCACCACAACAAGGGGAGGCAAUGCUAGCCUCCUUUAAACCCAGAGGAUAUUCGGAGUGCAUUGUGACUGUUGGCGGUGAAGAAAGAGUUUCCCGGAAGCCGUCAGCAACUGUGCGAUGUAUGUGCCCUCUGUAUGAUCCAAACAGACAACUCUGGAUAGAACUGGCCCCUCUGAGUUCACCCAGGAUUAAUCACGGUGUUCUUUCAGCUGAAGGGUUUCUGUUUGUACUUGGAGGUCAAGAUGAUAACAAAGUUACUUUGGGUUCUGGGGAGAAGUAUGAUCCAGAUACAAAUUCGUGGAGCCCUCUGACACCAAUGAAUGAGGCACGGCACAACUUUGGUUUAAUGGAGAUUGAUGGCGUGUUAUAUGUUCUGGGAGGUGAGGAUGGGGAGCGGGAGCUCAUCUCCAUGGAGUCCUAUGACAUUUAUAACAGGACGUGGACAAAGCAACCAGACCUGACGAUGAUUAGGAAGAUUGGUUGUUAUGCAGCUAUGAAAAAGAAAAUCUAUGCAAUGGGCGGUGGGUCUUACGGCAAACUUUUCGAAUCCGUCGAAUGUUAUGAUCCAAGGACCCAGCAAUGGACUGCCAUCUGUCCUUUGAGAGAGAGAAGGUUUGGAGCAGUGGCGUGCGGUGUGGCUUCAGAGCUCUAUGUCUUUGGCGGAGUGAGAAGUCGAGACGAUAAUCAGUCCAGUGAAAUGGUGACGUGCAAAUCGGAAUUCUAUCAUGAUGAAUUUAAAAGGUGGAUCUACUUGAAUGAUCAGAACUUAUGCAUCCCAGCUAGCUCUUCAUUUGUCUAUGGAGCUGUGCCCAUUGGAGCUAGCAUUUAUGUGAUUGGAGACCUUGACACAGGUACCAACUAUGAUUACGUUCGAGAGUUUAAAAGAAGUACCGGGACUUGGCACCACACAAAGCCGCUAUUCCCUUCGGAUCUUCGCCGUACCGGCUGUGCAGCGUUACGUAUUGCAAACUGCAAACUCUUCCGACUACAACUCCAGCAAGGGCUGUUCCGCAUUCGUGUUCCCUCUCCUUGAGACAUCUCUGGAAAGCCGAGGAGAUGAGAACGUCUUGAGAGGGUCCACCAUAACAACAUAGCUUUAUCUACAGAAGAAACAAAACAUCUUGCAUCAGAAAAUUAGACUGUAUGCUCAGCUUGGGUAUGGUAACUGUUCUAACUUUGUUUUUUUUAAAAACACACAACUGCUUAAAUGCUUAAGCCUCGACGUAUUUGUGGGCGAGCUGUCAUGCUUUGGCAACUGGCCAAGGAGACGCCUUCAGUUCUAUUUAUCUAAAGAUACUAAACCGUGCUAGCGAAGGAGUCCCUUUGCUUCUGACAAAGAGAAAUAGGUUAAGUAAAAUGGGAGAAAACAAGAGAGGUGCAUUUCCGCCAAGGGGAAUCGUUCUGCAUAACUGCACUGUCUUGAACUUUGUUAGCAUUGAUGACGCUCAAAAUAGUGUAUGAAAACCAAUCUUACUAGUCUGACAAAAGAGACAGUUGACUCCACUUUGGAGAGAGAGAUGGGCAAUCGCACCUUUAUUUACCAGGCCUUCCUUACAAUUUAAGGUCUGUGCCUGAAAGAGUAGAAUUGUACAUAUGUCAUUUUCAGUGGGUUUUUUUUUCAUUUCUAAGAAUCUUUUUUAAAAUCUAUUUAAAAUGGACUAAACUGAACUGAUCUAAGGGUUACAAUCAAAUAUAAAACAGAUGAUUACACAGGAUUUUUUAUCUUUAAACCUUGUGUAAAAAUCAAGCGAUCUAAGACGGUGUCACAUGUGAGCCACCGUACAGCCACGGUGUGGAUUUCAGAUGCUGCAAUAUCCAGUCCUCAUUUAAAGGGGGGAGGGCUGGGCCUUCAAGACCUGCCACACCGUUGCUAUGACGGGGCUAACGUGGCCCUGAGAAAUGUUGCUGUUUCGGAGAGCUGUGCUGUAAGGAGUCUCUUCUUUCAAGAUGACUUGAAAGUUGCUGUUGGCUGACCACAAGCCGAACAUAUUUACGGAAGUUCUAGACAAAAAAGUCAAGAAGAGGGAGCGUUAGGUGAUGUAGAGGUUGGGUGGGAUAGGAGGGAAGAGAAAACGAUUAAAAGGUAAUACAAUUUAAGAGUCAGUUUGGAGAGCUCCUGUGGGGAUCGAAAGCUGGUGUACAAAUGACUUCUUCCAAAUGCACAGUCUCCUUGACUACUGCUGACCUUUCAAAUGCCAUUGGUGAAGUUUUUUCUUUCCAGUUUUUUGUAGGUUUUGCUCAGACUAUUAAUAUUUAAUUGAAUUAUACAUAGACAGUUUCUGCUGGUAGAACACAAUUUACCUCACUACUGUAAAUUUUAUUUUGUUACCUGGUGUUUAUAACAAUCACAAAGAAAACGGGAGAAAGGCAGCUGCAACGUUCUGUGUUGUCUCAAACCCUAUUCUUGCACUGUACAUUAUUAUAAUUGAUAUAUUUCCCAUUCUGAACUAUUUUGGGUCCUUGAGCAGUCUUCUUUGUUGGACUUGUUGCUUAUCUUGUUUAUGCUAUCCUGAAUCCAAAGGGACUCGGUCUGAUUUAAAGGGAUAACACACUAAAGAAAGGGCACAAUUACAACAAGACGUUGAUGUGACAAUUCCUGAACUCCAUGGAUGGAGACAUUCCAACUUUGGGCACAGUCCAGCCGCAGCUUUAAACAGUUUUGAGUCCCGUUGAUCUCAGUGAGACACAUUGAAACACAUGCUUCUGUCGCUCACUGAAAUCAGUCAGGCUUAGAAGUGAUUAACUUUGGCUGGAUCAUUUUUUCCCCUCGUUUUUAAUAAGAAGACUGAAAAGAAUAACUCUUAAGUAAACAAAAGUUUUUAUUCCAUUAAUUUGUGCCACUAGGUAUGCCUGAUUCUGAUGUGUGUGAGUUUGGGCAUUUUUUUUUUGCUCGCUGGCCAUUUUCUUGAAAUAAAAUAAGCAUUUCCUUGAACAACGUAUGGCUAGGCUUGAAUAUACAAUGGGGCAUCUACCCCCACCCCCACAUACACCCUACAAGCCACCCAAAGGAAGGGCUAUUCCAGGAACCUGGGAUGGAGAAAGAGGAACUGCUACACCUUAUGUGUACCCAAAGGGGUUUCCUGAUUGGCAGCUGCAACAAAUUUUUGUUAAAAAUUCCCUUUAAGACAAGGCAAACUGUUGCAGAUUUUAACUGGAUUUGCAACCUCUGGCCCAAUGCAUUGGAAGUGACUCAGUUUAGUAUUACAUUUGCAUAUUCUAAUGGGCUUCCCUAUGCAUUAUUAUAAUACUGUAAGCUAUUAUUUCCAUCUUCAGCAGUCUUAUGAAUAGUCUGAAGUGUCUGUUUCUUGUAAAGUUGAUGCAAGUUUCUUUUUUAACAACUCUAUUGUGAAUAUAUUCUGCAAACUUGCAGCACCCCAUGGCUUAUUGGGAGUUGGGGCUUUCACCUUUAUCAUAUGGUCAGAUGCUAGUAUGAUUUGCAUACGCUUGUGAUUAUGAAAGCUGUGUUUUGCAUCAGUCAUGUUUGUGUUUUUGCUAAUGGUAAAAAUUUAGCAUACCUUUUA